AUGUGUGUGAAAUCGGUGUAUUUUUUACCUCUAUUCUUCGUAUCAUUCACUCUUUUCUCCAAGAAUUCAGCUGGAAAUGUAAACGCAUGUUUAGAGUAUAAUAUCGAUGGAUUAUAUUGGUCGGAUAUCAACCUGUGCAAUUCAACUGAGCCCUACACGCUAACAGUAUCGAAACUUCUCCAACUUUUCAAUUAUAAUUGGUUAUCGAUUUUUGCUUGUGCGAUCUGUGUUUUUAUUGGAUGUGGUAUUUUAUUCUACUGUUACAAUCGUUACAAAUACACAUUAUCGCCUAAAGUAACACCGAUUAAUGUUAUUACGAUUUCUCACAUCUCCCAAAGCGAAGGCUUCAAUGAACCUGUCAGCUUUAUUCAACUGUCACCUUCUCGACAACCACCACCAUCGUACACCAAUGUCUUUUCCAAUAUGUCCGAAUAA